AUGCCUGCGACUACCUCAAUUCCACCGGUGACGGCUCCGGGGACCGGUGGGGAGGCGAGCAGUUUUAAUGUGGAUGAACUGAUUCAAUACGUGUUGCAGGGGAAACCUCUCAGUGAGCCGCAAGUGGCCCGACUCUGUCAGAAGGCGAGAGAGGUUUUGGAGAAGGAGGAGAAUGUACACACCGUCCGUGCACCCGUCACGGUGUGCGGCGAUAUUCACGGCCAGUUUCACGACUUGCUGGAACUUCUGAAGAUUGGUGGACUUCCGCCGGACACUAAUUACCUCUUCAUGGGCGAUUAUGUCGAUCGUGGGUACUACAGUGUUGAGACAGUAACUUUGUUACUCCUCUUCAAGAUCCGUUAUCCGGAGCGCGUUCAGAUAUUGCGUGGAAAUCACGAAUCACGUCAGAUCACCCAAGUUUACGGCUUUUACGAUGAGUGCGUCCGAAAGUAUGGCAGUGCAAACGUCUGGAAGUUGUUAACGGAUCUCUUCGAUUAUUUGCCUCUUGCUGCUGUCGUUGAGAAUGAGAUAUUUUGCCUUCACGGUGGCCUUUCGCCAACACUUGAUAGUCUUGCCCACAUUCGCAGUUUAGAACGUGUUCAAGAGGUGCCCCACGAGGGGCCAAUGUGCGACUUACUGUGGAGCGACCCAGAGGACAAGGACGGUUGGGGUAUCAGCCCUCGCGGCGCCGGUUUCACUUUUGGCGCCGACAUUACAGAACAAUUUUGUCAUAAUAACGGUUUGAAAACAAUUGCUCGUGCGCAUCAGCUUGUGGCUGAAGGGUACAGUUGGGCACAUAGCGACAAACUCGUAACAAUAUUUAGUGCUCCAAAUUAUUGCUACCGUUGUGGCAACCUUGCGGGUCUGCUGGAAUUGGACGAGCAUAUGAACAAAUGCUUCUUCCAGUUUGAUCCCGCACCACGCCGUGGUGAGGCACAGGUGUCAAAAAAGACACCUGACUACUUUUUGUGA